AUGUUUCGAACUCAAUUGCUUCGACAAGCGGCUCGCGCUGCCAGAGCCUCCUCGACGCCAAUUACCCCUCGCACAGUAACUCCCGCCAUCACCGCUCAACGAUCAUUUCAAACCUCAUCGCAGCUGCGAAAAGAGGAGACGCCAAGUACUGAACAUGAGGGUUCUUUUGCCCGCACAGAUUCAACAGUGCAAGUUGAAUACCCAGAGGAGAGAGAUUUACCCUCUAGUAAGCCUGUGCAAGGUAGAGGUGGACUACAUUUUAAGCGUACGCUUGCUUCAUUCUCUCUCGAGGGAAGAGUCGGUGUAGUUACGGGAGGUGCAAGAGGAUUGGGACUGGUGAUGAGUCAAGCUAUGGUUAUUAGUGGUGCUGAUGUUGCAAUUGUCGAUUUAAACAAGGAAGAGGCAGAGAAACAAGCAGAAGAGCUGAUGAAGGAAUUCCGAAGAGAAAACCCUGGAGCAGAAUCUUCGCCCAAGGUUACCGCACAUUACGCCGAUGUCUCAUCCCCAGAAUCCGUCGAUGCCGCCAUUGCGGAAAUCCUUAAACAACACGGCAAGAUUGACAAUCUUGUAACAUCCGCAGGUUUCACAGAGAAUUUCGAAGCUAUCAACUACCCAAUUGAUCGUGUCCGAAAGCUUUGGGGUGUUAAUGUGGACGGUACAUAUUUGUUUGCAACCGCGGUAGCAAGACAUUUGAUGGAGAGAAAGGCACCAGGAAGCAUGGUCUUCAUUGGUAGCAUGUCAGGCGCAAUUGUCAAUGUUCCACAACCACAAGCUCCAUACAACGCUGCUAAAGCCGCAGUUAGACAUUUGGCUUCCAGUUUGGCGGUUGAGUGGGCUCAUGCUGGUAUUCGCGUAAACUGCAUCUCCCCUGGUUAUAUGCUUACUGCGCUAACCAAAAAAAUCCUCGACGACAACCCAGAUUUGAAGAAACAAUGGACAUCACUCAUUCCUCAAGGAAAAAUGGGUCAACCAGAAGAUCUUAUGGGAGCGGUUACGUAUCUAUCCUCAGAUGCUUCCAGCUAUGUGACAGGUGCAGAUCUCCGUGUUGAUGGUGGUUACACUGUUACGUAG